AAUUUUGCAAUGCUCAGUCGUCAAUUACCUUCAUAUCCAUUUGGAUCCGGUAAUGAGUAAUUAAGUACCAUCACGCCCAACGAGCAACUUAAAGCCUUAAACAAUAACACCAAAAAUCACCGAUUAAAUCUUCCGUGAAAAAGGCGAACAUUGUUCUUUAUCCAAAUCAACACUGCCAAACUUGUUGCAUUUCAUUCCGCGCUUGCUUCGAUUCCAAUCUACCGCUUCAAACUUCUACCGUCUCGCAUUAAAAAAUUCCACUCAUCGAAUAAAUUCCUGAAUACCCAUUGCAAAUAUCUUGCAUUUUUCAAUCAAUACUUAUUGGGAUUCAGGGGUUUGUAGGAAAGUUUCAACUGACGAUCAUUUUACUGGGUGUUGUUGAAAAUUUCCACUGGUUUUCUGCUGUUACUGGGGAAUUGGUUUUCUGGGUGUGGGUGAUCAGUGUUAAUUGGGUUAUUGUUGUUUAGUAUGAUGAUAUUGAUGAUGUGAUAAUCAGUGGCGGAUCCUUGAUUUUGAUCUCAGGUAUCACCGACUAAUUUGAUUAAUGCGGCCGCUUUGUCGGGCUCAUUUGCGCCACUUAUUGACUCGAACACAAGAAAACACCGCUAAAUUUUAGUUGAAAUCCUUGGGAGUUGUUGAAUUAGUCAUUUUAUGGCAAUGGUGAACAAAACUAGGAAUAUGUGGGAGGAUUUUAUGAGAGAAGGGUCAUUGAAAUGGUUGGUAGGAACUCGAGAUUCAUUCAAAGAGGAAAUUGAGGAAUUGGGGAAGUCAUCUUCUGGAGAUAGUAAUUGGAUAGCUGACCUUUCUCCUAUUGCUAAUGUUGUUGCCAGGAGAUGCUCUAGGAUCCUUGGCAUUCCAACAAGUGAUCUUAGAGAAGAUUUUGAUUCGGUGGCUUCAGAAAUUGUUAGAGAGCCCUUACAUUAUGCUAGAAACUUACUGGAGUACUGUUGCUUUAGAGCGCUUGCUCUCUCUAUGCAAGUGACUGGUUAUUUGGCUGAUAAAAAACUCCGCCGCUUAACAUUUGAUAUGAUGCUUGCUUGGGAGUGUCCUGCUGCUUCCAGUCAACCUUUGCUUACUGUGGAUGAAGAUGCUACCGUUGGAUUGGAAGCCUUUUCUCGAAUAGCACCUGCUGUGCCAAUAAUUGCAAAUGUUGUCAUCAGCAAAAAUUUAUUUCAGGUGCUUACUGCAUCAACUGGUGGCCGCCUUCAAUAUUCUGUCUAUGAGAAGUACCUUAUUGGCUUAGAAAGGGCUAUAAAGAAAUUGAAGAAUCAAUCUGAUUCAUCACUGUUAUCUGAGCUACGAUCCGAUCGAAGGGAGAAGAUAGUGGAAGUGGAUGGCACAGUGACAACCCAACCAGUUCUACAGCAUUUAGGAAUUUCUACAUGGCCUGGCAGAUUAAUCCUUAGUGAUCAUGCUCUUUACUUUGAGCCCCUUAAAGUUGUAUCUUACGAUAAAGCGACACGCUAUGACCUAGCAGAUGAUUUAAAGCAGAGUGUUAAACCCGAAUUGACUGGUCCAUGGGGUACAAGACUUUUUGACAAGGCUGUUGCUUACAAAUCUGUUUCCCUAUCAGAACCUAUAGUAAUGGAAUUUCCUGAGCUUAAAGGGCAUAGUCGACGUGACUAUUGGUUGGCUAUUAUACAGGAGAUUUUAUUUGCUCAUAAAUUUAUCCGCAAGUACAAGAUAUCUGGCAUUGGGCGAGAAGAAGCACUUUUGAAAGCUGUACUUGGGAUUCUUCGCUUACAAGCCAUUCAGGAUAUGAAUUCAGUAGGUCCUGUUCGUUGUGAAGCUCUUCUUCUUUUCAAUCUUUGUGAUCAUCUUCCCGGAGGUGAUAUGAUUCUAGAAACUCUAGCCAACAUGUCCACCUCAAGGGAAUUAGAAAGGACCAUUAGUCCUCGACGAUAUGGCUUGCAUUCCAGUUCAGCUGUAGCCGUUGCCACAAGUUUAGGCUUUGGAUUUGGUUCCAAUGGCCACAGCAAUCAUAUGCUCCUUGUGGGUGAGAUAGCAGUCGGAGAUACAACUCCCUUGGAGAAGGUUGUUAAUGAUUCAAGAAGUAGCUAUGAGAAGGUGGUCCUAGCACAGGAAACAGUAGACGGAGUAAAAGUAGAUGGUAUUGAUACCAACUUGGCGGUAAUGAAGGAGCUGCUUUUUCCAGUUUUAGAACUUGUUAGGUGUAUUUUGUCUCUGGCCUAUUGGGAAGAGCCAAUGAAGUCUACAGUAUUCUGUGCGGUUGUUGCUUUUGCUAUCUUCAGGGGAUGGCUGGUGUAUAUUUUUGCUUCACCACCAAUCUUUAUAGCCAUGUUUAUGCUUCUGACACUAUGGCUCAGUCAAGGUCGACCUGUUGUAGAGGUGAAGGUAAUAGCUCCACCAGCAAAGAAUGCUAUGGAGCAGCUUUUAGCUGUCCAGAACGCAAUUUCUCAAGCUGAAGAGUUCAUCCAAUUUGGAAAUAUUAUUCUUCUCAAGCUGCGUGCCUUGUUGUUAUCCAUUUCUCCUCAGGCUACCAUGAAAUGUGCAAUAGUGCUAUCAGUCAUGGCUGUGGUUCUGGCAUUUGUUCCAAUAAAGUACAUUAUACUAUUGUGCUUUCUAGAAGCAUUCACAAGGUAUUCACCGCCAAGGAAACCAAGCACCGAGAAAUGGGAGAGGCGGUUGAGGGAGUGGUGGUUUAGCAUACCUGCGGCACCUGUUGCACUUGAGAGAGAAAAGGAAGAUAAGAAACGGAGAUAGGUUCCUCAUUUAGCAGAUGUUGUAUAUUAGUAGUAUAUCAUUUUUAUCAUUCUGCUGAUAGAAAAGCCGCUUGUUAAUAAAUCGUUUUUUUAGUGCACGAGAUGUAUCGAAUGGGGCAAGUGUAUAAAGUUGAUGUUGUGAAAGGAAACAGUAAUCAGAGUCCUCCACAAGACCACAGGUUCUGUUUA